AUGUCGAGCAAAGGUAUCGUUCUUGUCACCGGUAUUAAUGGCUAUAUUGCCGGUCGAACCGUCGAGGCUCUGCUCAAAGCGGGGUACCACAUUCGUGGCACGGUUCGAUCGACAGCUUCAGCCCAAGCGACUGUCAAAGCAUUGGCCGAGUAUGAGCAAAGAGUGGAGAUUGUUGAGGUCGCAGACACAUCCGUUCCCGGCGCUUUUGACGAGGUCGCCGAAGGUGUUGAGGGCAUUGCCCAUCUGGCCCAGCCUGUCACCGACAACUUUGGAAGCGAUCCGCAACGUGUUAUUAGCCAGAUCAGAGACGCCACGACGGGGCUUCUGGAGUCGGCUGCCAAGGUUGGGUCCGUCAAGACUGUAGUCCUGAUGUCUUCGGCCGUCGCUGUGUUCUACCCAAAAGAUCAUCCGUACGUCUACACCGAAAAGGACUGGAGUGACUCUUGGGUGGAGAUCGUGAAACAGAUGGGCUCCGAGUCGCCUCCGGGGCUACCAUAUUUGGCAAGCAAGGUAGUGAGCGAGAGGGCCUUUUGGAAGUUCCGGGAUGAGAAGAAGCCAUCGUUUACCAUGACUGCCAUCAACCCUUUUUUCGUAAGCGGCCCGCCCCUCACCACGCCGAAGUCCCCGAGCAACAUCUCAAGCUCGUGCAUGUUCAUCUGGAGAUACUUGAACGGUGAAGAACUUGUGGGACCCAUGACUGAUUGGGACUACUGGGUUGAUGUCCGCGACGUGGCGAAGCUGGUUACCUGGGCCUUCGGCCAUGGUGGCGAGGCGGACGGCGAGAGAUACAUCUCAAAGACGGCAUGGGCACCACCUCAAGCGACGGCCGACAUCCUCAGGCCAACGUACCCUACUCUUUCCAUUAAGCAGGGUCGUCCCGGCGAGGGUUAUUUGCCAGACUGGAAGACGCCGCGGGAGACGGACGUUGAUGGAUCCAAGGCGCUGAGAGCAGUUGGUGGGGAUUACGUUCCAUAUGACCAGUCCGUGUUGGAUACGGCAAAAGCAUUUGAGCCGUUAAUGAGAAACUUUUGA